CUUUCGUCCACGUCUAUCCGCUAUUGAGCACACCGCGACAGUGUCAACAGUUGGUGUGUGGUCUGGACUCGUGCAGGCAGGCCGCGCUCCGCAGGUUAGAGUUUUUUGAGUAUUUGACGCUAGCGCACGGAAGUGGGGCCGCGCUGGUGUCAGGUGCGAUCGAGACCUCCUUCAGCCUUGUGCCUGCUUCGGUGUUCUCGAAUGCGGGAUGGCAUAUGUAGCUGGUCGUUGUGAGCCGAAAAAGGUGUGCACAGGUCUCUCGUACAGUAUGACACCGUCCGGAUGGAGGGAAGUCACUCGAUCGCCUCCCUGCGUGACUGUCUGUCACCGCUGCCGGCUUUUCCUAGCGAGCACAACCCGGGGGCUCACCUCAGAAACGUGGCGUCCGAAGACAUUGGCGCCGAG